GUGACGCCACUGUUUACCAUUAAACACACAAUUGCGUCAUUGUUUACAAACAGGCUCACCGGAAAUGAGACAAACAAAAACAAGCUGAGGAGUGUGUCGUCACUGUUUAGCCUGUCCUGAUUAUUUUAGACAUCUCGAGCUUAGAUAUUCACCCAAAUAAAGUCUUCUGUCCAGCUGGACACUGAUCUACGGGCUGUGGAGACGGGCGUUUAGCAGGAGCUUCAGCAUGAGGAAACUAAUGCCUGCAUAGAGCCUCUUCGUUCCCCAGUUUGGCCUCGGCCCACCUCGCUCAGCCGUGCUGCCCAACACAACUGGGGUUUCUGUUCACCGUACAUGCGCAAGCUGUGGCCAUGAACCAAAUGCGUUUGUUUUGCCAGUUGCUUUUUGGUUAAAAACAGCCUUAGUAUUUUUGUAUUUUGAUGUAUGGCUUUUUAAAUGUGUCAGCUUUUGUGUUGGUACUGUAAAAGGCUAAGCCUGUGUGCUCUUUUAUACUCAUGAUGACUCGUCUGGUCUUUUUCCCCAUGACGCAGAAAAUGGCUUUGACUUGCUGACGUUUAUUUAUCGUUUUUCUUCCAAGGAAGUGUAUAAAGAGGUUGCCACAUAACUCAGUAUUACACUUUAAAAGGUGUUUGAAAGAAGUACAUAUUUGCUUUAUUUGAAUGGAUGGAGGAUGGACACGGUGUCAGGGUGACAUUACAGUGGAUUAGAUGCUGGGAGAUAAGAUGAAGUGGCUUGUGUAAUUGUUAUUUAUGCUAACAGUGCUAACAGCAUGUCACAACACUAGCUUUAUGCGUUCAGUCUCAGGAAUGUGAAGGAAACUCAACAUACACUGCCAGAUACAAGUAAGUAAUCUCAAAAGAUUCAAGGGCUUAUUUCAAAAGACAGAUUAUAAGCAGCAAUUGUCUGUUAAGAGUAUUUAUUAUUGCCUUAUUUAAUUUUUUUAUUUGUACAAGUGUAAUAUUAGACUCCUGUCAGGCCAUGGCAGAUUGUUGUUCAGACACAGUUGAUGGUGAGGUCGAAUCAGUCUGUGAACGAGAACAGAUUAAAACGUCUAAACUUCAGGAAGACAAAAUGGACGAGUCAGUCGUGCACAAGGACGUAGAAAGCAGCCAACCAGAAGAAAUAUUGGCAGCUGCCAAACAGGCCAUGCAAGAGAUGACCCCACCUGUAGAAAAGGACAACAAAACACUACAAUGCCAGCAAAUUCUAUCAAGUGUGACCUCCACAACUUCUUCCGACCACAGCCAGAUCAGUGCUAGUCCUGUUGCCACCGAGAGCCUUUCUGAAAGGGAGGAUUCGGAGGUGACCAAUAGCCAGUACUCAGUGACCAGCCUGCUGGAUGAAACACCUUCCGUUUCAACGACCACAAUGAAUGUUUCUGAAGAAAACGGUCUGUCCAUGGACGAAUCCACAAAGUCUGACCAGGCUCUGUCUCUGAGCGACGAUGUUCAGAGUGUUGAAUUAGCUGAAGCUGCUCUUCCUUCAUUGACUGAUGAUGUGGGUGGUGCUGAAAUGGCUGAGGCUGCAGGUCCAGGGCCAUCACAGGCAGUGCAGUCAUAUUACCUGGUGAAGUGGAUCACCUGGAAGGAGAAGAAGACGCCCAUCAUCACGCAGAGUGAAAACGGCCCAUGCCCUUUACUGGCCAUCAUGAACAUCCUCUUCUUACGAUGGAAGGCCAAGUUACCUGCACAAACAGAAGUCGUUACCAUAGAGGACCUGAUGGCUCACCUUGGAGAGUGUGUGCUAUCCAUUAAGCCGAGAGAGAAAGCAGAGGGCAUGGAGCUCAAUUUUCAGCAGAAUAUGAGUGAUGCCAUGGCUGUUUUGCCAAAGUUGUCCACUGGUCUCGAUGUAAACGUUCGCUUUACUGGAGUGACGGACUUUGAGUACACACCAGAAUGUAUCGUCUUUGAUCUACUCGACAUUCCACUUUACCAUGGCUGGCUGGUAGACCCACAGAGUCCAGAAAUUGUGUCCGCAGUGGGAAAACUCAGCUACAACCAGCUGGUGGAGAAGAUUAUAGAGUAUAAACACUCGUCAGAUAGCAGCCGAGUCAGUGAAGGUUUGAUAGCAGAGCAGUUUUUGGAGUCCACGGCCACCCAGCUGUCUUACCAUGGCUUGUGUGAGCUUAACACAACAGCUAAAGAGGGAGAAUUGUCUGUGUUCUUCAGGAACAACCACUUCAGCACUAUGAUAAAGCACAAGGGUCAUCUGUACCUGCUGGUCACAGACCAGGGCUUUCUGCAUGAGGACGGCCUUGUGUGGGAGAGUUUACACAACGUGGAGGGAGACGGCAACUUCUGCGACUCCGAUUUUAGACUGUGCCACCCAUCGCAGAAAACCCCCACUGUCAGCCAAAACACACCACAGCAGCAGCAGAUGCAGAUCGACCAGGACUAUCUGGUGGCAAUGUCUCUGCAGAGGGAUCAGGGUGAAGCUCCUGGUCCUUUAAGUGAUCUGGAGCUGGCCAGACAGCUUCAGCAGGAGGAGUACCAGCAGCCUCAGCAACCGCAGCAACCCUCUGAACAGACACGAAGUCCAGCAGCAUCACAGCAUGGAGGAAGGAGACGGGGAGAAAAGAAGGAUGACACUGAUUGUUCCAUUUUAUGAAUCAGGGCCUUCAAACACCAAAUCCUGUCUCUGUCUCUCUUUGUUUCUCUCUCUCUUUCUCUCUUUCUCUGAGGCCUGCCAAAGGACUAAACUAACAGUCAUGUACAACUUCCCCUGCAACAGAAUGUCUCAUUCAUUCUGACCUGGUCCAUCAUCACUCUAGUGAAAGCUUGCCUUUUACCCUGAACAUGUCCUCUUUGGUUUUGCUGCUUCUUACAGCUAAGACAAAUACUGAUCCCUGCUAUCUGAUACCUCGCUACCAGCCCACAUAGAAAGAGGCUUUCCAGUAGCCAGAACAUAGACUCAUAGAAGAAAAAAAUUCUACAGAUUAAAAAUAAAAACAAAAAAACAAUUUCUCUAUAAUAUUGCGGUUAAGAUAUACAUAUUGAGUGUAAGUUUGGUGUGAAAUGGUUCAUUAGAAAUUCUUUGUUUUUUUUAUAGUGAUGAUAUAAGAACCAGCUGUAGUCAUGACUACAACACAAAUAUAGGCAUUUCAUGUUGUAUCCAAACACAACAGUGAAUCUAGACGUGUUGUCUGAAUUUUAUAUUUUAUAUUUAUAUAUUUGAUGGGGAAAAAAAAUGAAGAAAAUCUUAACCAAACUCUGCAUGGUUUCCCUUUACUAGAAAUAAAUUGAAAAUAUGUUUUAGACCCCAAAUCUCCUUAAAACACUGUCAGCAGGGCUUUGGGUGGUCCAGCGAACUCAGGUGCUGCCACUAUGAUCUGGAGAUCUCUUUCCAAAGGGUGAUACCGAUCAGCACAAGGCGUCUGUGAGCUAAUGUAUUAGAAACGAGUCAUUGCGUUUUCCUCUAAGCACGCUGGUUACUCAGCAAUGGUGCAUCAGCAGAAGCAUCAUUUGUAUAAUAACUCUUCAUCACUAAUAAUAAGUUUGUGUGCUAGUGUUCACCUUCACCUUUUGUGUUGAGGCAUCACUGGUGAUGGGGGAUAUACAGCUGAGUAGCAGCUGAAUGGGUGGGACAAUUGACCAAUUAAAUUGGGAGAAAAAUGGGAGAAAAUUAGAAAAAAAAAAGAAAUGCAUCAGCAAUUUAUCAGUGUAUCCAUAUACCAUAAACAAUACUGAGUUUGACAUAGGUUUCUCUAAAAUGGAGCAUUUCCCACCAAAUCACAUUGAGUGAUUUUGUUUACAUCUUAACCGUUUAAUUAUGCACAGAUCAGUGGCAUUCCAAGUUCUUAAGACUUGUUUUGAGAAAUAUAGCUAGCCUGGCUUUGAAAGAUUGAAAAUAAUUUGUUUAACUAUAUAUGCUCUAAAUCAGUGCUGCUUAACGCUGCAUAGGUGGUAUUGAUAGAUCUUUUGUGUGACACAGUAUAGUUGUUUUAUAAUGGCCAAUUAAAUGCCUAAAGUGUCACAUAGACAUUCAUUGAAUUUCUGAAGAAUAUAGACUGUUCUGUGAAAACAUGUAGCAAAGCAAAUUUGUCUUUUGCUGUUUAUAAUGCAAAAACGUAAAGAUCUAAUAUGGAAAACUGCACCCUUUCCUCAUUUUUGUUUGAUAUGCUGCAGAAACAUUCUUAAACGCACUGUUCACUCCCCAGCACAAACAAUCUGUACAUGAAAACUAUGCUGAAAAUGUAAUACAAACCAAUAUAUCUACAUAAAACUGCUCACAUUCAGCAUACAGCAGUUUAGUCCCACCCAUUUAUACUAAUAAUAAGCUGCCAGGAGAGACACAACAAAGAGCAGCCAAUAGGAACGGAGCAUAAAGUCUGAAAGGCACAUUAACAAAGAAAAAAAGGUUGUAAAUUAGUCAGGUUACAAUGAAUAUUGGCUGGAUUAAAAAACAAAAGAAAAAACUACUAGCACAGCUAUCACUGUCACUGUGUUGACAAUAUGUCUUAAUGUAAUAUAUUACUACUGCAAGUUUGCUCUUUUUAAUGCAAAUGUCAGUUACCUGUUGUUUCAAGUUUUCUCAAAUAAUUGCGCAAAAGUUAUGUGGGUAAGAUUGGUGUGUUUCUGUCCUGAGGCAUGGCGUAUCUGUCUCAUUUAUACUGAUACAGUUUUAAAGCCAAUAAUUUCAUAUUCCUGAUACCACUUAUAACCCAAUCCAGAUAGCCAGAAAAAAAAAAAAUUAAUUUACCAAAAGGUUUGUACACAUUUACUGCAUGACAAACAAGAAGGCUGCCAAAAUACCUGUUGUUUCUUAAUUUGUGGUACGAGCAGUGUUUGCAUAUUCAAAACUAAUCAGAUCUAAGUGUAUUAUUAUAUAGCAUAUACCUUUAAAAUGAUCAGACUAUGUCUUUUUACUCACUGUUCCAAAGCAUUGUAUAUUACCAGCCAGGAUGUUAAAGUGAACAGUUUCAAAUUAAACUAGAAUUUUCAAAGUUUUGAUUUUUUUUUUUUUUUGACUGAAAUGAUUUGAAUAAAUAUUUAACUUCUAAAAACAGACAGACAGAAGUCUAUCAGAUGACAAAGCAAGCUUACUUUGGCUUAGGUUUAGCGCCAGAAGCUAAGAUGUUAUACAUAGCCAGUGAUUUUGUUUUUGGUCUGAUGAAAUAUUUGCUUUGGGAGUUUAGGAGUAUUUUGGUGUACAUGCAAUAUGCAUGCACAUACGUAUGAAGAUCGUAUUUAAAUACUUUAAAUAGUUCUGCACAAAAAUUUAAUAAAUCUGAAUAAUCACUGACCCUACAUGCAGUUAAUCUGCCAGGACAUAUUUGCUAUCAAAAUUGUACUUAUCCUGGCUUUCACCAAACUGACAUAUUUUCAAUGUCUAAAUAAAAUGAGUUGAGUCUUGCUAGACUUGUAGUGUUCCUGUCAUCUUAAUUGUUUGGUGUAUUAUGGUCAAGGUGAUGAGUAUAUUAUUAUUAUUAUUAUUAUUUAUAUUAAAACAAGUUUUUUGUCUUGGCUAACAACUUAUUGCAUGGACAUUGUGAAUAAACAAUAGGUGAGAUCCCAUUUUAUUUAAUCAGGGUCGUGUUCACAUUUUGCAGGGUCCCCAAAAUCUUUUAUUUUUUUGCUUAAAACUAUCAAAUCUAUUUAAGGGCCAUUCCAUAGAAUAUGUGCCAUUUCUAUUCCCAGGAAAUUGCAUAUAUAAAUGUGCACACAAAAUAAUUGUUAAAAUACAUUUUAUUAUUAGGCACAGUAUUUUGUACAUUGACCUAAUUGCAAAAGUAAGAUAUGUAAUUAAAUAUGUAAUAAAAAAUGAGAAAAUAGCAUUUGUUACAUGUUCCCACACUCUUAACUAUAACCGUUACUAUGAAAUAUAAUUAUUCAAGGCCUUCAGAUAUUUUUUUUGCUUUUUUGUGCAAGCCCAAAUCCUAUCUAUGCUUUUAAAAUAUAUAUUUUUUCAAAAUAAAUCCAUAAUAUUUAAGUUAAAAUACACAUUUUAGUUUCCUGUUACCCUAACACAUUACCCCAUCUGAAAUAUCUGGAACAUUCUACGACAAGUUACACAUCAGCUGGUUCUUCUGAAGACCAUGGUAAAACCAAAAUUAAGUUCCCCCAUUUAUUUUUCUGUGUAUUUGAUUUUAUUUUAAAUUUGACUAAAAAGGUCAAGCUUAACACUCAUUCCUGUCACCUAAAUUAAUUCUUAGAAUCUGGUGAAUUCUUAGAAAAAUCCCUAGAAUGUGCUCAGUGUCCUUGUGAUAUUAGCAUAGCCGCCAUUUAGCUAUUUUUCCUGUUUUUGCUAAUUCUAUGCUAAAAACUCAUUAUUGUAACAGGAAUGAGUGCCAUGAACAAGAGUGAAUUCCAGUAACAAGGCUGAGUGCCAUGAACAUGAGCGUUUUUUUUAAGGAUACAGUCAACUAUUUCUUCAAAAUAAGACUUUCUUGAGAGAAAAUCAAAGGAAUUAGAGAUCUUGCUUUUUAUUUUUUAAAUACCACAUGAGGUUUGUAACCAUUUUCGGUUUAGAAACCUUGUAAAUAAAAGUAAAGCUGCCUGAGUUUGACCAGUACAUGUUUUGAAGUGUUAAAUACAUGUGUUAUUAGAUUCAGAGUAAAAAAAAGAUUGAAAAAAUUACAUCAAGCAAAUGGCACCCAUUCGGUGGAAUGGCCCUUAAACCAGUCCAAGUCAAUAGUAAAACAGCAUGAACAGGACAUAUUUAUAUAUUAAAGCUAAAACUGGAAUUAUAUCACAUCCAGUUUGAUUGUAUAAGAGUACAUGUACUUUUGAAAUAACUGGACCACAGUGUGUGUGGAUUGAAAUCCUGUGCUGAGAUAAAGUUGUUUCAAGUAAUGGUUUAUUUGUGUGUUUAUAGAGUAGAUUAAGUAAUGGGUGUUCUAAAACACAUUCUUUUUGUCUGCAUCAAACUAAUAAACGUCUGGGUGUGUUUUAAUAGACAAGUUGAAAGACAUUUGUUAGCGUAGUAUGUUUUGCUGUAAAUUAGCCAGAGAAGUCUAUUGGCUGAUUGGCUGUAUCUGGGGUUAGUGAUCGAUUAUGGUAAUUUGAUUUAUUUAUUUUUUUGCUGAAUUGUUCCCUAAAGGUAAUAAAAACUGCCCUUUUCCCUGAAAACAGUAAUCUAUGCUCAAACUUCCCUCAUAAACAACCAGUAUGUUAACUCUCUAGUGAAGGGCUUUCUGUGUCACUUGAUUCCACGUCUUAAUCAAUUUUUUGCUUUCUAUUUAAGUUGUCAAAACUUCACAGUAAAUGAUACUGACAUAUU